AGCAAAUUAUGCAUCAACCGAAUGUCAACGGUAGCGAACUAGCAGGCAGCCUUCAGCAUAGAUUCUCGAGAUAGGCUGGUCUUGACAGUAUCGACCGAACAUGCACGCUCGUCGGACGCUCGUGAGAGCUAUUGGCGCUCGGAUACCCAAAAGGCACUAUGUGCUACCAGCGUUCUCAUCAACACCAAAUCCUGGUCCUGGUUUCGAAGCGGAAGAUCAGGCUCGCCAUGCAGGGCCAUCCAACUAUCUCGAAGCUUCAAGCUCCUACAUACCCCAAAACAUCGACCGUGAACAGGUCGACAAGCUAUUUGAACUCGUCACCCGACCGAAUGAUCUUAAGGACUUGAUGCACCGGACGGAUGUUCCACAUUACGAUCAAGUCUGGACGACGUUGAUGUCGUUGACCAAGGAGACCCGGAACCAGCUCCCCGUACCCUUGCUCAAGCGGGUCUUGCGUCAGGUCGUACCCCCAAUCGCCGUCGUGCAACAGGCCUUGGUGACCAAACGAAACGCCGCGAACUCGACCGAAUCCGAGAUUUCGAGCGUUACCGAAUAUCCUUGGGAGCCGAGAUUGCAGUUGGUCGCUUCCAUACUUCGAUUCAUCGAGGAACGAGACCGGACAUCGAGCGAGGGUAUGCUCAAGCCGGAAGAACGAGCGAUAGUUAUGGACGACUACCUCUUUGUCCUCCGGCAAUUCGCAUUGACGGGCCACCUCGCUGGCUCUGAACGGGUGUUCAAGGAGAUGAAGGAUACCGGCAUCCCGCUCCCAGUCUACAUCCAUGACACCCGACUCAUGGUCCUCACCAAAUGGCUCACGAUCAGGAAAUCCAUCUAUCAACGAUUCAUCAAAUACGAAGUCGAACAAGAGAAGCCGCACAUCUUUGGGGUUGGCCAGACCGCACUAUCCACCUCUAUCCCCUUCUUCCCUCCCGAUGCCGUCGAGCUGUUCAAACAGAUCCUCGUCUCCAUGCGGGAAGACCAGGUCGUCUACCGUCAACUCACCUACGACCUACUUUUCCGAAUAGCCAAAGAGAGCAAGAACGACAAAGCUGCGGACAAGAUCCUCAAACUGGCUUACAACGUCGACCUGGCUUACCCGGAUAACGGUUUGGAUGCGCUUCGGACGAGGAUGAGAGAGGGGAUGGGAGAGGAUCCGACUGGAGGAAAUUGGGAGUUGCUGGAUGACGAGACGGAUGGAGGGGCUAUUGCUGUCGAGAGGCCACAGCAGGUACGAAGAUCGGGCUUGGAAGAGGGAGUUCAGGAAGGGCAUGGGCGGGUCAGGUGGAAUAAGCACGCUUUGAAUACGCUCGUCCGUCGGUUUGCCGAGCGAGGGGAUCUGAAGGGCAUGUUGCAGGCGUUCGAGGUCUUUGGGCAGAGUCCACAGGAGGCCGAACAGGUGGGCGUUGUAGGGGAGGAAGCGGGUGAGAUCGCGUCGUCAUUGGAGCAGGCGACAGAAGAACAGCAGGAGCAGGACGAAUCGACAUCGCCCGCCGUUGAGGACGAACCGAUCACCUUGACUGAAGCGAUGGCUAGGGAAGAAGCCAGUGGACAGCGACUCAACUUUUUCGGUCGGCCUACCCAACCCAAACCCUCGAAUGAGGUUGCCCGCGACAAUCGACCCAGAUUCCCCAUCAGACCCGCAGCAGAUUUUCUGCCCACCUUGCCUUUCCCCUUAGAGAUCGAAACCCGCACCAAGACCGCCCUCGAGCAGGACCCAGAACCGGUCGCGGCGGCUGAUCUCGAAUACAGCGAGAAGGAGUUCUUGAGCAACACCGAUACGUACCGGACUCUCAUCCAGGCCUGCGCGGUACAGGCGAGCCUGGCUACAGACGCCGAAGAGAGGGACUUUGCCAUGACCCUCGGUGUGCAUUUCUUGAGGGGUGCGGUCAGGGAGAUGAUCGUCCGGCACAACGCGUUCUUGGCGGUCUGGGUGAGGAUCAACGCGGUCACUGCCGAUCUCAAAAUGCCCGCCCCGCCCCCACCAAGGGAUGAAGAAGUGGACGGGGCACCGAUGAAAAAGGUCGUCGCGCUGAGACAGGUUCUGGAAAUCGGCGAUUAUUCUGAAGACUCGCCCUUGCGUCGUCCGCAUUACCAUGCCCCUGCGGCCGACCUCCACCCGAUCCGUUCUACCCUCCGAAAGCGACUGGCACAACCUUCUCUCACCGUCGCCCCGGAACUCGUUCUCCCGCUGUACAAGGUACUUCGCUCGACCCGGAAUUUAAGAAGCGUGCCUUCUCAUAAACGUUGGCUGCAGAAGCAUUUUAGCGAGGUUCAGGAGCUAGGGAAGUUGGCCAGGCGGUAUGGAAGGGAAGAAUGGAAGGUAUUGACCGGAAAACCGUGGGAAGAGAAGAAGGAGAUAGGCUUCUUCGGUCGAAGGAGAUUGGCUGCUCGACAGGCAGCAAGGGGGGAAGAAGGGACGAUUGAGGGGAUGAUGCAGAGUCUGCAGGAAAAGGACGAGCGGCUGAAGGAGGAGGCCGAGAAGGAGAAAGAAGCAUCUCAGAUGCAAGAGGAAGAAGAGACGGCGGUUCAUUUCCCCUCGACCAAAACGACGACGGCCUCGGGAUCAUCCGUCCGAUCCAGCUCUACCCUCCCACCAGCGUUCUUCAGCUCUGACCUGGCGGCAGAGCUGCACGUACCCUGGACAUGGUCGACUUCCCCAUUCUCCUCCGAGCCACCAGUCCUCACCCGGGGACGGCCAGAACCCAUCCGAUUCGUUUUGAGUAAACACAUGGGCAUUCUACGUGAACAUGGGCGCGAGUUGGAAAGGGUCAUGGAGGAGCAAGAAGCAGGUUGGGAAACGUACAAGCAGGAGAAGAUGAAGACGAAGAAAUCGUCACGGAACAAGACAACGAUUGCGGGGCAAUGAUAGAAUCCCAGAGGGGAUAGAAGUCUGUUCAGCGGUAGCGCAAAUGUAUCGCAUAGGUUGUCAUAGCAAUGGCAUAUCCAAUAUCUUAGCAUUGUGACAAGAUGAAAUAAAUCUCUUGCAG